GCAGUUUGACAGUAGCAGAACCCAAAAAAUAGAAAAUGGUGGUUUUUCUAGGAUUAGUUCGUCCCGCUCCCAAUUCUCUCUUGCAAAUCACCCGCUCUUCCCGUCGAUUUUCCAUUUCCGGGAACUCACGACGAGGUUCAAUCUUGAUUUCCAGAAAUGGCUAUUCUCCAUUCAGGCAUAUUCUCAGAGCUUCUCUUAAUUCCAGUUCUGUGAGUUCUUCAACUCUAGUAGAGAGAUCAGAGGGUCAAUCUGAAAUAAUAUUCUUAGGGACAGGAACUAGUGAAGGGAUCCCACGAGUUAGCUGCCUCACUAAUCCCGUGAAGACAUGCCCUGUGUGCUCAAAAGCCAUAGAACCUGGUAACAAAAAUAGGAGACUUAACACAAGCAUCCUCAUUCGACACUUUGGGCCAUCUGGAUAUUCAAACAUUCUUAUAGAUGCCGGCAAGUUCUUCUACCAUAGUGCCCUGAGAUGGUUUCCUGCUUAUGGGAUAAGAACACUUGAUGCAGUUGUAAUAACUCAUUCUCAUGCUGAUGCAAUUGGAGGUCUGGAUGAUCUUCGUGAUUGGACUAACAAUGUCCAGCCCUGUGUACCUAUUUAUGUAGCACAGCGUGACUUUGAGGUGAUGAAGAAAACUCACUAUUAUUUAGUGGAUACUAGUGGUGUCACACCUGGUGCUGCUGUUUCAGACCUGCAAUUUAACAUUAUAAAGGAGGACCCAUUCAUUGUACAUGAUCUCAAGAUUAUCCCUUUACCAGUAUGGCAUGGUGCUGGUUAUCGUUCUUUGGGCUUCCGUUUUGGCAAUAUCUGUUAUAUAAGUGAUGUUAGCGAAAUUCCUGAAGAAACCUACCCUCUUCUGGAGGACUGUGAACUGCUUAUCCUGGAUGCAUUGAGGCCUGAUAGGUCGUCUGCAACACAUUUCGGGCUCCCAAGGGCUCUUGAGGAAGUUCGGAAAAUCAGACCAAGGAGAACGCUUUUCACUGGUAUGAUGCACCUGAUGGAUCACGAGACAAUAAACGAGGGCUUCUUGAAACUGAAGGAGACAGAAGGACUGGAUGUGGAGCUCAGCUAUGACGGUCUCCGCGUGCCAGUGAGGUUAUACAGCCUUUCUCAAGCUUAGUUAGUUAUUCUUUUUCAACACAAACAUGUUGGUCCACAACAUCUUUGUAUGUACAAUAAUUAUUUGGGGCCAAAAUAGACUUCAUUUUUGUGCUGUGUGUUACAGCAAAGGGAAUAUUGUAUUGUACAAAAGGCUGCCUGGCUGCCUGGCUGGCUUCUUAUAGACACAUAGUCAGUCUCAUGCAUGGAAACUGGAAAGAAGAAUGAAUAUGAGAGGGGGAUUUUUGAAGUUGAUGUUUA